UUAAAUUCAUACAGUUAAUAUCAGUAAUAGUUCAUCAAAACGCUAUCAAACAUGGACCAGAAUAAAAACAUAUUGAUCCGAACAGCCAUCGGACAAAUGGCAUCAUUGGGCGAGUUAUACGACGCCCGGACGGACACAUUCUGCGCCAUUUCGGCUCUCAAAAUAGCACCAGAAAAGAGCGGCGCCGUCACCAUACAGGACAACCCCUCCAUCGACCUCCAAUACAUACACGCCGACACCUUUUCGGACAAAUUUGACAAAUUAGAGAUAAAGGCCGACCUUAAGGUGAGUAUAUUAGCCGGACUGUUCCAGUUGGAGGGGAGCGGCAGGUAUUUGGCGGACACCAAAAAGAGCGCCCGAGCCGUUCGCUCGUCCCUCUUGUAUAACAUUCAGACCAAAGCCGAGAGACUGAACCUAUUUAGCGACGAACUCGCUGAGUGUUUCGCGUUGGACGCCCUCCAGGCCACCGCUGCCACCCAUGUGGUGGUGGGCGUCGAUUGGGGCGCCAACUCUAUGAUCACUAUGGAGUACAGCAACAGCGAGAAUAAGGAUGUUAAGGAGAUCGAAGGCGCCAUCCAGGGUGAGUUAAAAAGGUUUUCCGCUAAUAUAAGCGGCAAAGCGAGCGGUGCUUACGGGAGCGGUCAGGACAGCAAACAAACCAAUUAUUCGUUACACAUAUUCGGCGACAUUAUGCCGACCGACGAGCCGUUGCCGCAAACAAUUGAGGAGUCGUUGGCGCUAAUGAAAAGAAUG